CAUCGAUCCAACCAUCCGACCACACGACUUACUUACUAACGAUACAGCAACACUUUGAGUAACCACCAACUUGCCUGCGAUCAUGGACGUUCAGUCACUCGAGUCCCGCUUCGAGGGCAUCUCGGUCAACGAUGAGAACCACGACCAAAACUCUCACAAAUCAAAGGGCUCUAUCUCCAUCUCCAGCUUGGGUGCCGCAGCUGCUGCCAACCGAUUGAAGCUCCCGCUGCAGAAGCUGCCCGCCAAUGCCACCAAGAGUUCCCUGUAUUCUGCCAACGGCGCCAACACAGCCGCUACCAUCGCCAAAAUCACUCUCCCUUCUCAAGCAGCGCAACGAUCAUCCGACACGGAGCCCCGCCGUUCUGACCCCCAGUCUAUGCUGUCAUCUAUCCCUCAGCAACCUUCGACACCAAGACAAUUCCACCUCGGCAUGUUUGAGAUUGGCAAGCCCCUCGGUAAGGGCAAGUUUGGAAGAGUAUACCUGGCGCGAGAACGCUCUAGUGGCUUCGUCUGUGCGCUCAAGGUCCUACACAAGAUCGAGCUCCAGCAAGGAAAGGUUGAGAAACAAGUCCGCAGAGAGAUUGAGAUUCAGUCAAACCUUGCUCAUCCCAACAUUCUCCGUCUCUUCGGUCACUUCCACGACAGCAAACGCAUCUUCCUUAUCCUCGAGUUCGCCGGCAAGGGUGAGCUGUACAAGCAUCUGCGCCGCGAACAACGCUUCCCCGAAUGGAAGGCCGCAUCAUACGUCGCUCAGAUGUGCGCCGCUCUCAAAUAUUUGCAUAAGAAGCAUGUCAUCCACCGCGACAUCAAGCCCGAGAACAUUCUGGUUGGCAUUCACGGCGAAAUCAAGAUUAGUGACUUUGGCUGGUCGGUCCACGCUCCCAACAACAGGAGAAACACCAUGUGCGGAACUCUUGACUACCUGCCCCCAGAGAUGUUGAAGCCUGGCAAGGAUGAGAACUGGUACAACGAGAAGGUCGACUUGUGGAGUUUGGGUGUCUUGACAUACGAGUUCCUAGUCGGAGAAGCGCCCUUCGAGGAUACUCCUUCAAUGACCCAAAAACGCAUUGCUCGCGGCGAAAUGACCAUUCCUCCCUUUGUCAGCGCCGAAGCAAAGGACCUGAUCAAGAAGUUGCUUGUUCUAGACCCCGAAAAGAGAAUUCCUCUGCAUGAAGUAGAGCAACAUCCUUGGAUCAUCAAACACUGCGUCAAGGGCGAGAGAGCGUAUAACAGAACCUCUGCCAGCAGUAAACAGCGCCCAAGCGAAUGAAGAGUGGAUCGGAAGGCAUUAAUCAUGAUCAAAGGCGUUCAAGGUAGGUUGCAUUUUCUCAAGGAUAUCAUGGGAUACAGUUUGUUAUUGGCGUUCAGGAGGAUGUCCGCGAGGCGAAACGCAUGGAUGGGUUGGAGUUUCGUGUUGAGCAUAGCCACAGGCACAUUGAUGGACGAAGAGUCCAAAUUUCUGUAUAGGAGUUACAGAUCUCAUAGCAAGAUGAGACAUUUUCAUUCCAACAUCCCCAUUCAGCAGUGGUAUCCGUGACUGAACGGCAGUAUGUGAGAAUCGAAUUACUAGCCACUCAUGUACCUGCGAGAAGUCGCACAACAGUAGAUCCACACG